AUGCAGAGUGUCCAACGGCAUUUUGGCAAAUACAUGAAAAGGACUGCGGAUGAACAACAAGUUUCGGUUCUACUCAAAGAUUUCGAGGAUGCAGAUCGAUUGUUGACCAAAAUCAUUGAAACCUCCAAACAAUGGAGAGAUUCGUGGAUCUCAAUCUUGACCCAUCAACAUCGACUCAUGGACGAAUUUGAAAUUUUGUACAACCCCAUCAUAGGAGCGGGUGACGAUUACCACGGUCAUGUCCCAGUUCAAACUCCCGAUCACCUUGUCCGCCGAACCCAUAGGAUCAGAGAGGAAUACGCAGAAUUGAAGAAAGAUCUCACAGAAGACUUGGGUCAAGUUGAGGAGAAACUGAUCAGACCAGCCCAAGAGGCCAAAGACAACCUCCACAUGAUGAAGAAGACAAUCAAAAAGAGGGAAGACCGGAAACUUGACUUUGAAAGAUAUCAAAGUAGGGUGGACUCGAGUCUCAAAAAGACCAAACGAUCAGAAAGGGACAACGCAGCCCUAGCAAAGUCUCAGGCAGACCUUGCAACGGCCACAGAAGCGUACUCGGCGGCUGACGAGCAUCUGAGGAACUGUCUGCCUCGUCUGUUAACAUCGGUCUUCUCCCUACUUCCGCAUUUCCUAGCUGCUCAAAUUCAUAUCCAAAAUAACUUGCUAGGACAUUACUACACCAUGCUACACGCUUACUGUACCGAGGAAGGUUUCCCUUCCCCAAGUCCGCCCAUGGAUGAAGUCAUUAGACUGUGGAGCGAUGCUUUUAAACCCGUGCAACACGAGGCUGAGUCGCUGAUGUUACUAGCUAGUGGGAAGGCUGUCAGGACACCCAUGAACCAAGAAAAUGGUCACCAUCCUGUCAAUGGGUAUCGUCGACCAAGUGCCAAUUCUACAUUCAAUCGCGCACAAUCCGUCUCGCCCGCUAGGGCUCUCCCUCCUUCUCCCUCCUAUGAUAUCAAACCGAAGACCUCUACCUCGCCCUCAGCCAUGUCGCUUCUCAGUCCGCAAGAAGUUCUUCCGAGUCCUUCUCCGUCACACUCGUUAUAUCAGACUCCGAUGUCCUACUCUCCUGCAGGGCCACAUACAGACUAUUUCUCCCGGGAUAGACAGCCGUCUACAGCGUCAAUUGGCUCAACUGCGACCACUGCGUCGAUUGCUCAGAAGAAACGACCUCCCCCACCCCCACCUCCACGGAUACCAUCUCAACAGACAAUAUUUGUGACGGCACUUUACGAUUUCGAAGGCCAAGGGGAAGGAGACCUGGUAUUCCGAGAAGGAGAUCGAAUCAAGGUGCUGAAGAAGACCGACAGUACUGACGACUGGUGGCAAGGGGAAUUGAGAGGAGUCAAAGGAGCAUUCCCCGCCAACUAUUGCCGGUGA